CGGCGGCAGAAUCAUUGUUGCGCAGUUGUAAGGAAGACAUAUUCAUUUAUAGAUUACACAGUUUUUACCUUGUUUUACCUUUGUACACAAUAUAUACUAUUAAAAUCAUGACGACUAAUCGUUUGGUGAGAUCUGUUGGUCCAAAACUUCUACCCUUUCUCAUCAGCUCAUUUGUGUAUUUUGCGUUGCAGCCGCAAAAAUGGGAGCCAUCACCAUACAGAAUUUUCUUCAAGUGUCUACCAAUUGUGAGUUUGUGUUUCUUUGUUCUGUCGUAUUAUUUCUCCAUUAAAAAGCGUUAUUCGUCACUUAUUCUUGUUGGCCUUAUUCUCUCGUGUUUCGGAGAUGCGUGUCUAAUAUAUUGCGAGAACUUUUUUAUCCAUGGAUUGAUAUUCUUCGCAAUGGCUCACCUUACAUAUAUAUUAGCGUUUGGAAUAUCGCCGGUCAAGUGGUCAGUCCUAUGUGUCUGCUCGUUCCUUGGAGUUUUCACAUACCUUUUUAUGCUUCCCGGCUUACAAAAUGAGAUGAUCUUUCUCGCCGGUUUAUACAUCGUUCUAAUCAUCACCAUGGCGUGGCGUGCAGUCGCACGGUUACAGGUCUUUGAGAAGAUGUGGACAUGGACCAAGAUUUGCGCCACUGUCGGCGCGAUUUUAUUUUGUAUAUCUGACUUUGUGUUGGCAGUUAACAAGUUUAGGUAUCCCGUACCUUACAAUACGGAGAUUAUCAUGGGUACUUACUACACCGCUCAACUCGGUCUCGCAUUGUCCGUUGUGGAACUUUCACGAGCUGAAGAAAAUGUUGCUCUAAAAACAGACAGGGGCAAGAAAGUGGACUAACUUAUACAUCAAUAUUUUUAAUUGAUAAUUUAUUUGUGUUAAAAUACAUAUAGAAGGGAGAGUACAAUAAAAAUUGGGGGAUGUGGUCAAAGUUUAUGGUAAUAAAUUUUGCAGAUGAUAGAAAAAAAUUACUUUAAAGUUAAUAAUAUAGAUAGUAAGCAUGGAUAAUUAAAAUAAAUAAUUAUUAUAAUUUUCUGUUACAUAAUUAUUAUUUUCUAAAUGAAAUAUUUUUUCUAUAGCUGCUAUUAGAAUCCCACUGAAUAAUACAUAUCGUAGGCCUAUAUGGAACAUGCUCAUUGUUAUGCAUGCUUAUCGCUUGCAUGUUAUAAAUAUAAAAUUACGAAUGUGUUUUGUAUUUAACCAUUUUGAUUUAUCAAUGUCUACCAAAUUUCUUUUUUUAAUAUUAAAUUUUUAGUGAUUGUGUUUGCAAUGUACAGAGACUAUUGAGAUCUUGUGUGUAGAGGAAAUGAUAUGAGACACACUAUACUGUACAGAAUAAUGAGGUUGUA